AUGAUGCUCCUCUGCGAACUGAGCAAGAUAAGGGACGAGGAGCGGAAGAAGCCCCUGAACACCUGCGACAUAGGCAUCUUCAUCCUGGAGCACCGGCUGCAGGGGGAGGUCGACGGCUGGUUCUUCUCGGCAGCGAAGGUGAACAUGGAGGAGAGGCCAAAGUCUGCAUCAACAAGAUCAUGGGCUUCCACUGCUGGAAGCAGCUCAACCAAGAGACAGGGGACCCGACCCAACGGGCGGCUGGGGUACUUCGCCCUCGGGGCCCUCGGGGCCAUCCGGCUCCUUGGCGCCCUCUACGUACUGGGCGUCCGCUGGGGAGGCUGGACCGUCCACCAUGGGCCCAUCCAGCUCGUCCAGAUAGCGCCUCGCGCGGCUGGCCAGCCGCAACCGCCAAUCCCGCGGGCGCUCGUUUGGAGUGCCCUGCUGGCCGCGCCGGCGCAGCUGGCUACAUAG